CCUAAGAAACAGCUAGCUAUAGCACUCGCCUCUGCUAUAGGUACGCAUUUAUAGGCAGUAUACCGUAGCGAUUGAAACUUCAAACUCCUCCACUACCUUCCAAGUAACUGUUCUAAGCGCUCCAUUAGUGAAGUAUUGACGACAGACCUGCUAUUCAAAUGAAUGCUUAACCUCGCCCCAAUCCGUCUCCUUAAUACUACAUCCAUUCGCAAAAUGUCAACCACGCCCAAAGACAUCACAAUAAUAGGCGGCGGUAUCAUUGGAUGCUGCACCGCUUACUUCCUCACCCGACACCCCUCAUACUCACCAGAAACGCAUCGCAUAACCCUCCUCGAGGCCUCAUCGAGCAAUUCCGGCGGGCGCACCGCAGACAGCAUCCAAGACCCAGCAACACUAGCCGACCCCGCGACCGCAUCCAAAAAGAAUCCCGCCCACGAAGGAAUCGCAGGUGGCGCAAGUGGAAAGGCGGGCGGUUUACUCGCGCUAUGGGCAUUUCCACAAAAUAUCGUCCCAUUGAGUUUUAAAUUACACGAUGAAUUAGCGAAAGAACAUGGUGGCGAUAAGAGAUGGGGAUAUAGACGGUGUUAUGCGAGCCAGAUCGAUUGUCGCGCACGUUUACCACCGGGAUUUAGUGGUGAUGCGACGGGUGGGAAAGAUCCCGUUAGCUCUGGCGCGGAACAGGGCUCGAAAGGAUUGCAUAAGGAUCACAAGAAAGAUGCUAAGGCGUUGCGAAAGCUAGGCGCUCCUGAGGACUUGGAUUGGCUGGAUACGGAUGAGGCCUUGGCUGCGUACGAGGGAAUGGGUACUCCGAAGGAUACCGCGCAAGUCCAUCCUGAGCUGUUCGCGCGAAGUAUGGCUCAAUUGGCCGAAGAUAAGGGUGUUAAGAUUGUGACAGGCGCAAGGGUUACAAACAUCAACAAGACAGCAAAUGGCGCAAGCGUGGAGAGUGUGACAUAUAUAAAAGACGGCAAGGAAGAAACCCUACCCACAACAGAUUGUGUAGUAGCCGCCGGACCAUGGACGCGACGCCUCCUACCUAACAUCCGUGUCAAUGCAACUCGCGCGCAUAGUGUUGUUAUCAAGACACCGAAAUCCGUAUCCGCAUAUGCGCUUUUCACAUCAAUCAUGCUUCCGCCCGGUUUUCCGACCCCGACGUUCAAGGAUUCUAAGGGAACACCUUCGGCGCAUCGGCCGCUUAGAGGCCAACAGAUCGUCGAGCCUGAGAUAUACGCGCGACCCGAUGGCACGGCGUAUGCAUGCGGGCCAACCGACGAUACCGUCGAGUUGCCGUUGACGACUGCAGAGGUUGAAGUUGAUGUUGCGCGAUGCGAGGAUAUCAUACAUCAAAUCGGCGGGAUCAGCGAUGAGUUGGGUAAAGAUGGUGAGGUGCUUGCAAAGCAGGCUUGUUACCUACCCCAAGGAGGACCGUGGAUAGGAGAAGUUGGAAGUACGAAAGGGCUUGUAGUGGCGGCAGGACAUACGUGCUGGGGCAUACAGAAUGCGCCUGCGACGGGGAAGUUGGUGAGCGAGAUUAUACUUGAUGGAAGGCCGAAGAGCGCGAGAUUGGGCGGAUGUGAUCCCUCGCUGUCAUUAUGACCGGAUUGGAUGGGUGCGCUAUGAGAUAGGACGGCGUAGAGAUCAUACAUAAGUGCUUAGAGGGAUUGUAGAUAUAACUGAGCCUCUAUCUUCAAGAGUUUAUAAAACAUUCCCCUGAUCAAGGGUAUACAUAUACUUAUUCCACUUUA